CGUACAGGCACUGAAGGCCCAGCAGACGAGCCAGUGCAUUGAGGCACAAGGCUUCGUUCUAGGUUGACCCGUGCAAAGACCAUAGAUAUGGCCAGCCCGACUGUCUGCAUUCGUGGGUCGACACUCACCGGUACCCGUCAUCAAGGUGUCAGGCGAUUCCUCAAUGUGCCAUACGCACUGCCUCCGACGGGCGACUACCGCUUCCUCAAGCCGCGCGCACUACCGCGUGAAUACCAGUACGGAGAUGUCGAUUGUACUGUCUUUGGGCCGAUUUGUCCACAACCGUUGUAUUUUGUUGGUGAUACCCCGAUAGGACAUCCUCCUGUUGGAUCUACGAUGAGUGAAGACUGUCUGAAGCUCAAUAUAUGGAUACCUGAUCGAGAGGCGCCUGUAGAUGGUUGGCCAUGUCUUGUUUUCGUUCACGGUGGUUGGCUACAGGUCGGAAGCCCCAAUCACGAUCCCAUGUCUGAUCCGACACUCCUAGUCUCUGCUGAUGGACUGCAACUCGAUGCAAUCGUUAUUAGUAUUGGUUAUCGGCUCAAUGUCUUUGGCUUCUUUGCAGGCACGGGACAUCCUGGCAAUGCAGGCCUUUUCGAUCAACGGUGCGCAUUGGAGUACAUUCGAGACAAUAUCCACUUCUUUGGUGGUGAUCCAAGUAAAGUCACAUUGAGUGGAUUGAGUGCCGGUGCCAACUCUGUGCAUAAUCAACUACACUAUGCUUGCUUGCAAAAGCCAGACGAGAAGCCGUUGUUUCAGCGGGUAGUGAUGUACUCCAAUGCACUGUCUGCACAGCCGAAAAUGCCCGCUGAAGUGGAUGUCCAGGUGGAUGAGCUCUGUGCUGCCUUCGAUAUCACUGCAACAGAGAUGUCUGAGCGUCUUGCAGCACUACGCAAGAUCAAAGAUACAGAUCUGGCGGCCAAGUUGCUGUCCCUUAAGCAUCACACAUUCCGGCCUGGGACGGAUGGUUCAGGAACAGAAUGCUUCAUCCCGCCAGGUUCUGCGAAUCUCGCUGAAACAGGACAUCUAGCUACAUGGCUACAAGAGCACAAGAUCCAGCUGAUGCUAGGUGAGACGGAGAAUGAGGAACAGACGUAUCGUGCUGUGAAUCCACCGACUUCUCGUGCUACAUUCUUGCCACAGCUUGAGAACUACUACAAGGCUGACAGAGCAGCUGCAUUGAUGGAGCAUGUCAGGGAUACGUUGUCUGCCAAUGAGGAUGAUGUUGAAGGGUGGAAAGAUGUAUUUGGUGCGAUUGUUGCUGCUGCACAAGUACGUGCUUCUCAACGACACUUCAUCCAUGCUCUCAUACAGCAUGGUAUGCCACUUUCAUCGAUUCAUCGGUAUCGUGUUGCGUACCGGCUGGGUUUCUACUCACAGCUUGGUGUUCCUGAAUCCAUGGGUGUUGCACAUGGCAUGUGCCAGCCAAUCUGGUGGUAUCAAAAGCAGCUUGGCUUCUCAGGGGAGGAGGUGGCAGCGGUUCACGAUUGGCUUGAGCCGUGGAAGGCUUUUGUCUGUCAGAAUGAUGGAGAUGAGGGUAUCUCCAGGGACUGGGGCUGUACCAAUGUCCAGCAGUAUCGUCGCUUCAACGAGGAUGGUAGUGUAAGUGUUGAGAAGGAUGAAGACUGGGAUCGUAUGCUGGCUAUUGGACAGGUCUUGAUGUCUUAGCUGUUUCUUUUAUAUACUUCGUCAAUAUCUCGAUAUACAGGUCGUCAGUAACAGCUAUAUUCCUCGA